AACUUUUGUCCGAGUAAAACUUUUCGGCGUAAUAUUGUUUUCAUUCUUUAAGCUCUAAAAUGCUUUGUUUUUAAACUAAAUUAACAUUAAAAUAAAUAUAACUUACUCACAGACACGGAGGAAAAGAGAAUGGAGAGAUUUUUGAGAACAAAAUCAAACGAAGUUCCAUUGAAGCGUUCCAACAUAAUGAUUUCCCUCAAAACCGGUGAACCAAUGGAAAUCCCUGAGACUGAUAUUCUUGGACGUAGUAGAAGUGUUUCGGAAUUUGAGAAAUUAAACCGAAUUGGAGAAGGAACUUAUGGCAUUGUUUACAGAGCCAGAGACACGAAAACCAAUGAAAUUGUUGCCCUGAAAAAAGUAAGGAUGGAUCAGGAGAAGGAUGGUUUACCCAUUAGCGGAUUGCGUGAAAUUAUGAUUCUCAAAACAUGCCAACAUGAGAAUAUCGUGCAACUCCGAGAAGUUGUAGUUGGGCGGAGUUUAGAGAGUAUUUUCCUAUCUUUGGAGUACUGUGAGCAGGAUUUAGCAUCCCUCCUGGAUAAUAUGCAAACAAAUUUCUCAGAAUCUCAAGUUAAAUGCCUCAUCCUUCAAGUAUUGCGGGGUGUUAAGUAUUUGCAUGAGAACUUUAUAAUUCACAGAGAUUUAAAGGUUUCAAAUCUCCUCCUGACGGAUAAGGGAACAAUUAAGAUUGCCGAUUUUGGCUUAGCAAAGCAUUUUGGGAUUCCCGCAAAGGCAUCAACACCGCAAGUUGUGACUCUGUGGUAUCGUGCCCCGGAAUUGCUUCUUGGGUCGAAAAUUCAAUCAACUGCCGUGGAUAUUUGGGCUGUGGGAUGCAUACUGGGGGAAUUGCUGGGGCAUAAACCCCUACUGCCGGGUACAACGGAAAUUGGGCAAUUGGAACUGAUUGUUGACCUCCUUGGGACACCAUCUGAUGCAAUUUGGCCGGAAUUUUCCCUCCUACCAGCUGUGCAGAAUUUCACCCUAAAACAACAACCCUACAACAAUCUCAAACAGAGAUUCCCAUGGCUCUCAGCUGCAGGAUUGAGACUACUCAAUUUCCUCUUUAUGUAUGACCCAAAGAAGAGGGCAACGGCAGAAGAAUGUAUCCAAAGUAGCUACUUCAAGGAAAUUCCCUUUCCUUGUGAUCCAAAAUUAAUGCCAACCUUUCCACAUCAUCGCAAUCUGAAAGUUGGGGGGAGUUCUUCCGUGCCAAAAGCUGCCCAGGAGCCGGGUGUUAGUUCAACCACCGAACCCACAAUCUCCUUCAGCUUACCAAUUUCUGAACUUCUUGGAAAUAUUGUUAAGAAAAGAAAACACGAAUAAAGAGGAACUACAUUUUAUUAUUACCAUUAACAA